CUAAACAGAGUUAUUCGCCCUUAGAAUAUGGCGACGAAAUUAAAGAAUUUUCUUUUAUUGUAAUAUUUUGAUUUAUUUCUCUCGACUUAGAGAUAGCCCUACUUUUUUAGAAAACAAAACAUGGAUUUGAAUAAUGACAGAAUAAUAAAUAAGGAAGACUCAAAAAGCCGAGAAAAAGGCAAAGACGGAGAUCAUGAGCCACAUAGCAGUCAAUUUAGAAUGGAUGCUGAAACUAGAAUUCCGAUGACAGAUUCGGAUAGAAUUUUACUUGAUGCUGAAACUAGAAUUCCGAUGACAGAUUCGGAUAGAAUUUUACUUGAGAAUAGAAUAGAACAGGAAUUAGAAAGAAUGAGAAGAGAAACUACAGUAGAUUCCAGACCAAGUAGCAGUGCUGAAACUAGAAUUCCGAUGACAGAUUCAGAUAGAAUUUUACUUGAGAAUAGAAUAGAACAGGAAUUAGAAAGAAUGAGAAGUGAAACUACAGUAGAUUCCAGACCAAGUAGCAGUGGUAACCUACAAGAUGGACAUAGAAUCGAGGAAACUGAUAAAAUAUCACUUGAAGAUAGAAUCGCUCUAGAAUUGGAUGAAAGAGUGAAGGAAGCCACGAAUGAUGAAGAUGGCCAGGCUGGACAAAAAGAUAUCUAUAAAUGUGAAAUUUGCGAUGAAAUUUUCCUAAAUGAAAUAGAACUGGAUACCCACAACAAAAAACAUGAUCACGCCAGUAAAGAUUCGUAUGAGUGUGGAAUUUGUGGUAAGUCGUACAACCAACCCGCACGUCUUACGCGGCACAUGGUGAUACAUACUGGUGAGACCCCUUUUAAGUGUGAUGUCUGCAAUAAGGCCUUUAAUUUUAAGAGCGUUCUCGUACGACACCAGAAAAUCCAUACCGGUGAUCAGCCCUUUAAAUGCAGUUAUUGUGGCAAAGCGUUUUUUCACGAUUACGGAUUACAGAACCAUAUCAAAAUCCACACAGGAGAGAAGCCAUACGCUUGUACCGUUUGCCCCAAGUCAUUCAUACAACGAUGCGACCUGAAGAAACACAUUCGUAUUAUUCACACCGGGGAGAAACCAUACUGCUGCGACAUAUGUGGGAAAUCGUUCAGUCAGAGCAACAAUCUACAAAAACACGUCCGCGUCCACACCGGAGAAAAGCCUUACAAAUGUGAGAUUUGUCAGCGAUCGUUCAGUGACCGGAGCACGGUUAUGAAACAUCAGAGAACGCACACCAAAGAGAAGCCAUUUAGAUGUGAGAUUUGCGGUAAAUCGUUCAGUCAGAGCGUUUGUCAAAGGGUACACUUGAGACUUCACACGGGAGAAAAACCCUACAAGUGUGAUCAAUGUGAUGAAGCAUUUAGUAUCAGAACAUAUUUAAACAGACAUGUUAAGGCUGUGCAUUAUGAUACAACACCAGCUGAUUAAUUAGUGACUCAGUUAUCUGCCCUUAGAUUUAAUGGAUGGCCUUUAUGAGUGAAAGGAAUCACUCUCUUUAUGUAAAUGGUGUGUAUUAUGAUACCACAACCGCUGAUUAAUUAGUGACUCAGUUAUCUGCCCUUAGAUUUAAUGGAUGGCCUUUAUGAGUGAAAGGAAUCACUCUCUUUAUGUAAAUGGUGUGUAUUAUGAUACCACAACCGCUGAUUAAUUAGUGACUCAGUUAUCUGCCCUUAGAUUUAAUGAAUGAACCUCCUCAAUGAUGAAAGGAAAUGCCCAUUAUGUGAAGACUGUAUUAUGAUACAUGUACCACACCCACUGAUUAAGAAGUGUAUCUUCUCUUAGAUUUAAUGAAUUCCCUGCAUGAAUGAAAUGAAACCCUCACCUUAUGUGAAGGCUGUGUAUUAUUAUACCACACCCACUGAUUAAUUAGUGACUCAAUUAUCUCCCCUUAGAAUUAAUUAAUGGCUGGUAUAUAUUUUGUAUACAUGUGUAUAUGUAGUGUAGAUCAACAUGUGAAAUCCUAACAGCUGAUUAAAGGAGAUGAACCAUCUAUUUUUACAGUCAUGAUACAUGUACCACACCCACUGAUUAAGAAGUGUAUCUUCUCUUAGAUUUAAUGAAUUCCCUGCAUGAAUGAAAUGAAACCCUCACCUUAUGUGAAGGCUGUGUAUUAUUAUACCACACCCACUGAUUAAUUAGUGACUCAAUUAUCUCCCCUUAGAAUUAAUUAAUGGCUGGUAUAUAUUUUGUAUACAUGUGUAUAUGUAGUGUAGAUCAACAUGUGAAAUCCUAACAGCUGAUUAAAGGAGAUGAACCAUCUAUUUUUACAGUCAUUUUUUGGGAAGACACUAGUAUAGAUCAACCUUGAAUGCUUGAAUCUUGAACAAAGAGUCUUUUAUUGUGCACCUACAUGUAACAGCUGAAAAUCGCUUCCCAUAAUUUCCAUUUUUUAUUGAUAUGUAUAUCACUGACAAAUAUUUAAAAGUCAUUGUGUAAUUGUAUAUGGUACAUGUACUUAGAGUCUUACACUCUAAAUCUAGUACUCUACAUGUACAUGUACAGGGGGUUGGAUGGCUGAAUGGUUAGCACGUGCCCGCUGUAUCAUACAGUCUGUCAUUGAAUCAACUGGCGGCAUUUCGAUGCCCUGGUUGUACAUGACAAGGAGUAGAGUUGCCUGUCCAACCAUGUGGGUUUUUUUCCGGGUUCUCAGGUUUCCCCCCCACAGCUAAAGACCCCUACACACAAGCGAAUUAUUGAAUAAAAUUGAACCUUGUGUUAGUCCCAAAAUGACCUAGUUUGUUUCAAGUGGACUUUAAACCCUAUUUCUCUCUGUUUCUACAUGUACAUACAUGUAUUGUACCGCUGCCUUAUGAAUGAAAGGAAUUACUCACCUUUAUUACACCCCCACCCUCAUGCUAAUUAAUUAAUGACUCGAUCAGUUAUCUGCCCUUAGAUGGUAUUUAAUUUGUAAAUAGCAAAGACAUAUAGUUCAACAUCGGCUGAUUAAAGGAAAUACUCCACCUAUUUCUAUAAUAUAGAUACUUUAAUUGACAUUUAGCUGCAUCUAUUCAACCAUGAGUUUGUGAGGUGCACCAUUGUCUGCAUUUUGUGUUACAUCUUACCAAUCUGAUUAAAAUACAGAUCUUUA